AUGGGCGUCCUCCGCCAGACCUGGGUGUUGACCAAGAAGAACCUCCUCAUCGUCGCCCGUCGGCACUGGUUCGCGACCACCUUCCGAGCCCUCGUUCUACCUGUUAUCUACAUCUUCCUCAUCUCAUAUGUGCGGAACUUCUUCCUGCCGCCCUCGGUAUACGGUUUCGGUGAAUCAACACCACUGCGCAACGCAAGCGCCGCUUUUCAAGACCAGUCCAGCCGUGAUCGGGUUGUCCUCAUCAACAACGGUUUUACGACAGGACCUAUAGCUGAGAUCAUCGACGAGCUCAACUCAACCUAUAGCGAUGCAGGCGCCGACGUGCGUCUCGCCUCAGAGGAUGACCUCCCAGAGUUGUGUCGGUCUUCGUUGACCGGCACAAGUCGCUGUUAUGGUGCUAUCUCUAUUACCAGCUCGCCCUCGCAGGGCCCUGCACAAGUCAACGGCGAUCAGAUGUGGGCGUACACGGCGUAUGUUGACUGGGGUCUCGGUCUCGAGAUCAAUGCUGUGGAUGAUGCCAUCGCCAGAGCUUCCGGACAGGAGCUUCCGGAGACGAUGUACAACAUACCUUUUACAUCACGAACGCUACAAGAGCGACGAGAUCAGAUCCAACGGAUCUUCAUGUCCGCUUUGGUAAGGUACCUGGGUCUGGUCAUCUUCAUUGCUGUCUGUGGAAUCACCUAUCAUCUGCCUGGACAUGUGGCUAGGGAGAGGGAGCUGGGCAUGUCUUCGCUUAUCGACAUUAUGAAUCCACAGAAAGGUCAAUGGCUUUCUCACGCUGCCCGAAUAUUUGCUACCAACAUCUCCUUCUCUGUGAUUUAUCUUCCAGGAGUCCUGGUGGUUGGUGGCAUCAUCUCUGGCCUGAUCUUCAUUCGCAGCUCGGCCGGCAUGGUGAUCGCUUUCCACGUCCUGGCAUGUCUAUCGCUAUCGGUCUAUAGUACUUUCAUGGGCAGCUUCUUCCGACGAGCUCAGCUGUCAGGCAUAUCGAUAGUGAUCGUCUCCUGCGUGCUGGCAAUCGUGGCGCAGUGGGUGGUGCCAUCAAUGCUCCCAGUUGUGGUCGCGCUUUCGCUUCUCUUCCCUCCAGCCAACUACGUCUACUGGAUUAUGUACGUUGCCUCAUGGGAGCAACGGCUUCGAGGGGCAUCUUGGACAGGUGCUCCGCCUCGUUCGAGCCUGUCGGCGCUUCCUGGAUGGUGGUUUUAUGUCGCGGCGUUCGUUCACCUCCUUGCCUUUCCACUUUUCACGCUGUGGAGCGAAAACGCACGGUACGGAACGAGCUCAGCAAGGCGGAAAGCGAACAAUGUGACACUCAACAGUCCACAUGCGAUCAGCCUCGUAGGGUUCUCGAAGACUUAUUAUCCAGGCUUCUGGAAGAGCCUCGCGUGCUGGAAGGCGUCCAAGCCAGUCCAUGCAGUUGUCGACCUCUCCUUCGCGGCGCUGCGAGGACAAGUUGUUGCCCUGCUGGGCAGGAACGGUGCUGGAAAGAGUACAACCAUGGCGGCGAUCACUUCUCAAGAAAAGUUCACAUCCGGACUGAUUGAGCUCGACGGUGGUGGCGGGCUUGGUUUCUGCCCCCAGAAGAAUGUGCUUUGGGACGAGCUCACUGUCCUCGAGCACGUCAAGAUCUUCAAUCAGCUGAAGUCCGGGGCUCAGAAAGACUCCAAGUCUUUGCUUCGUGGAGCCAUCGAUGCAUGUGAUCUGCUACCAAAGGUCAACGCAAAGAGCAAAACGUUGUCAGGUGGUCAGAAACGGAAGCUGCAACUAGCAAUGGCGUUCACUGGUGGCAGCAGAGUCUGCUGUGUGGACGAGGCAUCUUCCGGCCUGGAUCCUGUGUCACGGCGCAAGAUCUGGGACAUCCUACUCUCAGAACGCGGCCACAGAACAAUACUCUUCACGACUCACGCCCUCGACGAGGCGGAUGCGCUAGCCGACCAUAUCGUGAUGAUGGAGCAAGGUCACUUGACUAUGGAGGGCUCUGCGGUGGAGCUCAAGCAGCGUUAUGGUGGUGACUACCUGAUCAGGGUACCGCAGCUGCCUGCCAUGAGGCUACCGGCAGAUAUCAGGGCACGAUACACUCGAGACAAAUCUGCUCAUGUCUUUCAUAUAGCCGAGUCUAGCCAUGUUGGCCGUCUUGUCGCAUUCCUCGAGGCACAAGGUGUCAACGACUACGAAGUUCAAGGUCCUACGAUCGAGACUGUGUUCCUCCGGCAAGCGGAACAGGAUCCAGAAUACACGUCGAUCACACCCAAAGCUGACGUAUCGGGUUCUUUGGCUGGCGCCGGAUACAACGCGACCAACAACUUCAGACCCGAUACCCGAUCCGCCUCAAGAACACGACCGGUACUUCCGCAAGCACGCAAGCUCAGCCUCAUUGGUCAAUGGUGGGUACUCUAUCGCAAACGGCUCAGUAUUUUCCCACGCAGCUAUGUUCCAUACAUUUUCGCCCUCGUUAUUCCAAUAGUCACCGCAUACCUGGCCACAAGAUUUCUCCGAAAUUUUGAGCUGCUGAUCUGCUCACCAUCCGCUCUAGUCAGCGGCGUUGGCGCCGCAUCUGUGAGCUCUCUGGCACUAUUCGUGGGCACCAGAGUUCCUGUUGGCCCAUCCGAUGAGUUCAAUGCCGCGCUCAUAAAUGCUUUGGUUGGCGGCGGUGGCGUCCAGAACUCGCUCCGACGCUUCGAUACUUAUUCAGACUGGACUUCUUACAUACAGCAGAACUACCAAGUCGUCUCACCUGGAGGCCUCUGGCUUGGCAACAGCUCUUCGGACUACCCCACGAUUGCGUACCGUGCAGAUGGCGGAUUGUAUUAUGCUGCUGCUACGCUUUCGGUUUCGGACUCAUACUUGUCCGGCAUACCCACGGCCGCAACGUUCUCCACGUUUGCAUUGCCAAUCUUGCCCAGCACGGGUGACUCCCUACAGCUCAUCGUCUAUUUCGGGCUCGCAAUGGCGAUUGUACCUGGACUCUUUGCUUUGUAUCCUAGCUACGAACGCCUACGGAACAUCAGAGCAUUGCAGUACAGUAAUGGAGUCCGCCCAGCACCGUUGUGGCUCGCUCACCUGGCCUUCGACGCUUUCUUCGUGAUAGGCUUCAGCGUCGCCGCUUUGGUGAUUUUCGUCAACAUUAGAGCCGAUGCAUGGUAUUCGGCACCCCAUCUUUGGCCGGUGUUCUUCUUCUACGGAUUGUCAGCCACUCUGUUUUCCUAUGUCGUCAGCUUGGGUUUCAAAAGCCAGCUGGGCGCAUUCGCAUUCGCUGCCGGAUAUCAAGCGAUUGGCUUGUUAAUCUACUUCUUCCUGUACCUCGUACUCGUAGGAUUCUCCCGGGCGGAUGAUCUGCAAUCGAAUCUGAACGCCGUACAAUUUUCGUUCGGUCUGAUCACACCAUCGGGGAAUCUGAUGCGUGCAUUGUUACUCGCACUGAACCAGUCUCAAAUAGCCUGCGACGGUCAGAGAUAUAUUCCCGCGGGAGACAUACGGGUCUACGGUGGUCCGAUCUUCUACCUGAUCCUGCAAAUUGUUGGCUUGUAUGCAUUCUUGGUGACAUACGAUGGCGGCUAUUUUGCUGGCUUCGGCUCACGAAUUGCUGGUGUAGUGAUGUUUUGGAAGAAGGGAAGUAUUCAAAGAAGAAGGAGCGACCCAGAAAAGACAGGGCACAGUCGCAAUCCACCUGCAGAUGUGGUGGCAGAGACAGCAAGAACGGAAGGCUCAACCGACGAUGCCCUAAAGGUACUGCAUAUCUCAAAGCAGUUUGGCAGGAGCAAAGAGCCAGUGGUUGACGAUGUCACGUUUGGCAUCAAGUAUGGCGAGGUGUACGCAAGCUUGGGUCCGAAUGGUGCUGGCAAGACAACCACGAUCUCCCUUAUCCGUGGUACGCUGAAACCCACCACAACACCACACAAGGACAGCGACAUAGUAGUCGACGCACAUCAGCUCCUACACUCCUCACCCUCCUCCCGCACCUCCGCCCUUCUGUCUCUUGGCACCUGUCCGCAAUUUGAUGCUGUCGACUUGCUCACUGUCUCUCAACACCUCACUUUCUACGCCCGCGCAGCCGGCAUUCCCGCCCGAUCCAUCUCACUCACUGUAGGACAUAUCCUCGACGCGACUGGCCUGACUAGUCUCAAAGAUCGACAGGCCGCUACGCUGUCCGGCGGUAACAAGCGCAAAUUAAGUCUGGCGAUCGCCGUGGUGGGAUGUCCGAAGGUACUACUGCUCGACGAAAUGAGCUCCGGGAUGGAUGCGGUGAGCAAACGAGUGGUGUGGAGGGCUCUGGAGGGAGUCAGACAUAUGUUUGGAGGCGAAGAUGGGCGAGAGAGUGGACAAGGUAUGGCAAUACUGAUUACGACGCACAGCAUGGAGGAGGUAGCUGCGCUGGCCGAUCGAGUGGGAAUCAUGCGACGGAAAAUGCUGGCUGUGGGCACUAAGGGUGAUCUUAUCCGCAGAUAUGGCGAUCGGUGGCAUGUGCAUUUGUUGCUGAAGCGCUCGCUGCGGCAAGGCCUACGAGCAGACAAUCUAGAGCGGGAGCGUGAAGAGAAUGUGAAGCACUGGAUCGAGACAGAAGUACAGGGCGCGAGGAUCGAGAGGGAGAUGAUUGGCACGAGUGUUCAGUCGAUCGAGGCAAACAGGGAGAGGUUAUGGAUUGAGUACUAUUCGGUGGUCCAGACGAAUUUGGAGGACGUGUUUUUGAAUGUGGUUGGGCAGCAGGAGGAAGAGUAG